GGAUCUGGAAAGUAUUCCUUCACUUACGCCUUAGUUCGACCGGAUGGCACCUGGUCAUUUGUGAAAAAACUGUCUGACAUUGUAGACGUGGAAAGAGUACAAGAAAGAAAAAGCAACGUGGAGAAGAUGGAGAUCACAGCCGCUUUACAACACAUAAAAUCUGUCAUCAAGCCUGAUCAGGCACUAAUCCAUUUUCCUUGCCUGAAAGGAAUAACAACUUACAGGUCAGACUGGUAACUUUUAUGCUAUUCAUAAUAACGACGAUAAAAUUUUUUAUUACUGUGGCAAAACUUUAUUACCGAGAAAUAAACAUGGCGGAGAGCGAUUGGAUAAGCAGUGGAUAAGUUAUCAAUAGUAGCUAUUGAUCUCACCGUUGCGAAUCGUAGUUUACGCUUAAGUUGUAAUUGAAGAAGUGAGGAAGGAUGAAUACCGUAAAUUCUUGCAACGCCACAAAAUAAAAGAAAUGUCUCUCAUCUGCUUUUUAUCUUUUUAUAAGUUCAUCACGUAUUAUAAAAUUUGGUUUACUAGUUAGUGUUACUUGUGUUUUCCGUCGGCUACAGCUUCAUUAACCAAAGGUCUAGAAUUAAGCUGUUCAAAGGAGCAUAAAUGGCUAAAGAAAAAAACCACUGGAGCUAUGAAAAUGAGGAUAUUCCAAAUUGUGAAAUUAUAGCGAUAAGCUCCCUUCCCCCACCCCACGAAAAUCUCACACAGCAAAAUCUCAGAUUCUCUGGAGGAGGCCUAAAUUUCAGUAAAAAGGUAAUAGUCCCUAUGUCACACUUCUUUAAGUAACCCAGAUUAUGUAUGGUGUAAACUUGACAAAUCCUUUUUCAAAAAGAUAAAGAUGUUGUAUUAUGGUUCUUGUUGCAUUUCACCAAAAGAAUCCCUUUAUUACUGGUGUAGAAAAUGAUUUUGUCACUCUCGUCCCUUGUAAUUUUUGUACCAGGAAGUAGCCUUCCUUUGACAAAAAUUGUCCUGUCACAAAAGAAUCUUGACCAACAUUUAAAUGACACUGUGUUCUUUUUGUUGAAGGGCUCUUUUCGAAGCGCUGGAUAUUCCUCUUAUAGGCGGAUCAGCAGAGUCGCGUUACCUUAGCAUGGAUAAACUUGAGACACGGGGUGUUUUGCUGGCCAACAACAAUGUUUCUUGUGUCCAGGGAUUGAUUCUGAACAGAGGUAAUAUUUGCUGUGCCGGGGAAAUAUGAUAUAUAUGGGUUUACUAAGCUGCUAAGCUUAGUCUCAAAACUUCAUGUUCAAAUGGGUAUGCUGUGAGCAAGCUCUCUUGAGUUGGGUCGACAGGGAUAUCACUUUCAAAGUUGCCUCUUCUCUUUUGAGUCGAGAGAGCUAGUGUUCACCGGCUAGUUUAUGGCAACACAAGAAACUCGAACCAGUCGGGCGCCUUUUAUACCUAAAGACACCUUUCCAGCAAUUACAACUGUACCGUAAGACAACUGUGUCUACGACGAGUCCACAAAAUAUCUUGAAAGUAUCUUGAAAAUGAAAGCUUCAUACUGGAGUGUCCUUAUUAUCUUGUGAGCGUCGUAGCGACAAGAUUUUCUGUCGCAACCUUACAUUGAAGCGCAUCACAUGCAGCUGGUUCAUCAUACUGAAUUAAGGCAUAAAAGCGAAUGCGACAAUGCCGUAAUGUAGCCUGCGAAAACAGCCGUUUCUCCUCGCUCUUCGCCGCUGAGGACGUUUCGCGGGGAAUUUCGCAGGCUAGCCGUAAUGUCGUAUGGGAUGUCAUCAAUCACAAAGUAAAAAAUAAUUACCCCUAGUAUGCCUCUACUGUGUAGUAUGGAUUCCGGUUGGCCUUAAUUUUUUGCCUCAGUUUACCAUUGCGCAGUCAAGCGGCGGUGAACGAACUAGUGCUGGAUUGUAGUGAGACUCGUUCUACAUACUGCUUGGAUCAGCAAGGUCUCUCUCCUCUCUAAGGAUUUACGGUUGAAAGACUUAUCCUUCUGCGAAACCCCUGAUCGUUUGUUCUCUCAUUAGCUGCUUAUGGCGUGAAAGGUGAUCCGAGUGGUUCUGUGGAGUUUGAAGUUUGCUCUCACCUUUAAUCUUAUAAAACUGUAGGAGUUCCUUGUUCCGUUAGACUGCAAAACAGUCCGUAUUUUUGCGUGUUCAAGUAAGCGCGAGCAGUCAAACAAAAGGUCUGGAACAAGGCUGAAAACGGAGAGUGAGACUGAGGAGAGACGCUAAAAAUACUCUCUUUAGCGUCUCUCCCCAGUCUCGCCUCACACUCCUUACGGGCGUGAGAGGCUGGCGCGCUUCGCGCGCGUAAGACUCUUACGCUAUGUUUUACCGAUUUCUUUACCGAUUUUGAAAAAAAAAAACGACUGUUUUGCAGUUUAUUGUUCCAUUUACAAGGGGGCAGAUAAACAAUUUGGCUAAAAGUAAUGAGAGUGUUCGUUUAUGUUUUUGCUCUUCAUAGGAGACCCCAUACCAACUGAGAAUAUCAAAUACCCGUGUGUUGUCAAGGCAAGCAAAGGAGAAGAUUCCAAAUCAGUGCGACUGGUAAAGGACAAACAGUCUUUAGAUGCAGCUAUUAAGCAUGCGCUGACUUAUUCGAAUCAAGUAAUCAUUGAAAGGUACAGGUUGUCAAGGUUAUAUAGUUCAAAAACGUAAAACGUUGAAGAGGAUUUUGCUGAGGUCAUUCAGUGGCUCAGCCUUAUUACUGCCUAAGUUUCGAUUUUUAAUAUUAAAAUUUUUCGUUCGCGCAAAGAACAUUGGAUUCAGUAUCAGAGAGAAUGCCCGAUAUGAUAAAUAUUUGCGGAAAAAAAAAUUAAUCCAAGUCGAAUACAGUCAACAUUAAAAAAGGGCUACCUUUCAAAGGAAGGUUGAUGUGCGCAAAGCACCGUACGAUAUCACCCGUUUCAUUGGUUAACCUGGUGAGGUAUCACUGCCAGACACUUACCCCUUAAUUAAAGGUUUUUGAAGGGAUUGGCCAGAGCUUAGCACGUAACAGGCAAGAAAAGAGGGCACAAAUAAAAAAAGGCGGCGUGGAUACCAAGGUUUGCCUUGUUAUGAGCUAUUAAAAGCAUGUUUGUGCCGUUUUAUUUGUACAGAUUCAUAGAAGGACGGGAGAUUCGGUGCGCUGUAGUCAAAUCAGAAAAAACUGGAGAUGUACAGGCCUUGUCGUGUAUGGAAUACAACGUACGUCAAGAUGACAUUCGUAAAACCGAGGAUAAGUUAUUCUGCAAUGAAAAUGGAUUACCUAUUAGUGAGUAUCCCUUUUUUUUUUUCAUUCCUUAACAACGUCAAAAUCAUAAAUCUUCCUCGAUCACAUUCAUAUAACACUUGUCAAGUUUAUUACUGAGUAACCAAAUAUAUGAAUAAUCAAUGGGUAGCAUCUGAGUCACACGCAGACCAGUCAUCUCGGUAAACCCCAAAAUGGGGUUUACAACUGACCAUAGGAAUUAUUGCACAGUAGACAGGGGUGUAGCCGCUUUCGACAAGUAGUAGGCCUCGCUGACAUUUCUACACAUCCUGAAAAUUGCUCGCAUGACCAGUACGCACUGACUUCACCAACACUUUGAACUCUUUAAGCUUUUUACCUCACCCCAGGAACGCAUACUUUGUUGCAAGCGGUAGAGUGAUCAAACCAAAAUUUGUAGGCCCCGGCAUACAUGUACAGGUCUAUGUGCUGGCUACGCCCCUAGUAUAAUUGACAUCAACGUAUUAGCAAUUUCUUUUCUCUAAGCAAGGAAGGCAAUAAAAAAAGUUUAUAUUCACCGUCAGGCUGUCGCUGGUAGUAAACUUAUUAAGAUGAUUUUUCUGUAUUUACCCAUUUGUCUCUCUAUAGGCAAGCCACCAAAUGCUAAGACUUGGUUUCUUGACCCUGCAGAGGAAGAUGACCUAAUAAACCGCAUCCAGCAGCAAAGUCGUCGAGUUUUUCAAGAGUUAGACCUACAGGACUUUGGCCUUUUCGACUUCCGGGUAGACCUCGAAGGAAAUCCAUUUUUUCUGGAAUGCAACCUGUUCUGUUCGUUUGGUUCUCAGAGUGUGCUUAAUGUAAUCGCUAAGAAUUCGGGUUUUACCGAUGGAAGUUUGUUUGAUUUAAUGGUUCAGAACGCUUUGUUACGGAAAGAGAAGAUUUACUGAGGAGUAUAUGAAUUUAUGGUAUCUACAAAAUACCAUUAACAUUUUUGGCGCAGUUUCUACAUUACUUUGGCUUCGUGCAGUCAAAUGUUAAAUAGUUGUCAGAAUACCGUAAACUGCCACAUACAAUCCUCCCUCCAGUUAUAAGCCCAUCUACUAAAUGUAGAUACAUACGGGUUUUAAGCUCCCCCUACUCCGGAUAAAAGCCCCCCUCUAGCGAUUUUAUUGAAAUGAAUUCGCUUUUUAACGACGUUUUGAUGCUUAAAAUGCUAUUAAAUUCAAAC